AUGAAUUUCCCUUUCUCUUUAGCAGCCACUGUGCUGAUUCUUGCCCAAUUUUCGAGUGCCCUUGCCAUCAAGCCAAGGGCGGAUUCUUUCAAGCUCUACGCUUAUGGUUCCGACAUUAGCGAAGGCCUGGAUGUCUUUAUUGCAGACGGCGUCGCAUAUGCCGGCAAACAAGUCCCAUCGAACGCAUCAAGCAUUGCAAACAUCACCUUGGCAACGGAGGAUAGCCAGAGUGGAACCUGGUCCGUGAUUACUGAGGAUGGUGAUUCGUACAGCUGGGGAAUCACAGACUCCGGUAGCGACUUGGAGACGGUCGGCAUUGCGAACUCCACCUCGUCGAUGACAACCACGGGAUUUGGUUUGUAUGGUGCCUGGGCGUACCACGUCUCGGACGCUGGUGAGAUUGAAAUGAAUUACCGAGCUGUUCCCACAGGCACCGAUGAUCUUUAUGUCAUCAAAUGGGCGGCAGCUUCUACCACAGUUGAUGAUGGUGCUCUGUUGAUCAAUUUGAGAACGACAUCGCCGGUGCCGAUCUCCGACAAGAACAGGCGCUGGAUCGAAGGCUGA